AGCUGUGAUUCCUGUCAUUUACAGUCACAACAUCAGAGGCUGUUCAAGCUCCUGAAAAGACAGGACAAAGACUUCCAAACUGAGAUGGAUCCACAUGCAGUCAAGUGGAAAUUAUUUGCUGUCAGUGUGCUGCUGCACACACUGUACUACAGCAACACUGCAGCUGUUAGCCUGAAGGAACACCUGUCCGACUGUCUGGAAGACAAAGACUACGAUAAGCUGCUGAAGACUGUGCAGAAUGGUCUCCCGCACAUAAAUACAUCUCAUCACGUUGUUAUUGUCGGAGCUGGCAUUGCUGGAUUGACGGCUGCCAAGUUACUACAUGAUGCAGGACACAGGGUAACCAUAGUAGAGGCUAGUGGUCGUGUUGGAGGACGUGUGGAGACCUACAGGAAUGAAAAAGAAGGCUGGUAUGCUGAACUGGGAGCCAUGAGGAUUCCAAGUAAUCACUCCAUCGUCCGCUGGUUUGCUAAAGAACUGGGGGUCAAGCUGAAUCCAUUCAUUAUGGAUGACGACAACACCUUUUACCUGGUCCGUGGACUACGGAAGAGGACGUACUCAGUUAAAGCAAACCCUGACAUCCUCAAGUAUGAGCUGCCAAAAAGUGAGAGGGGGAGGUCACCCGACCAACUGCUACAGCGAGCUUUGCAGAAGGUGAAAGAUUAUGUGGUGGCACAUGGCUGCAGAAAAGCGCUACAGAAAUAUGACCACUAUUCUGUGAAGGAGUAUCUGAAAGAAGAAAGUGGACUGAGUCCAGAAGCUGUGACGAUGAUUGGAGACUUACUCAACGAACAAAGCCUCAUGCACCUGGCGCUGACUGAGUUGAUCUACAUUGAGAGUGACGUUAGCGACAGCACCACGUACGAUGAAGUGACCGGUGGGUCAGAUCUCCUAACAAAAGCUUUUCUCACUGUCCUUGAUAUCCCCAUCCUCCUCAACUCUCCAGUCAAACGUAUCAAGCACUCAGACAAAGGUGUAAUUGUAUCGUAUCAGACAGGCCGAGAUCUCUCUUUGACUGACCUUCAUGCUGAUGUCGUCCUGGUAACAACCACAGCAAAGGCAGCUCUCUACAUUGACUUUGAGCCAUCUCUUUCCAUCCCAAAGAUGCACGCCCUGAGGGCAGUCCACUAUGAAAGCUCCACUAAAAUCAUCCUCACCUUUAACGAGAUAUUCUGGAAGAGGGAUGGCAUCCGAGGAGGAAAGAGCAUCACCGAUGGGCCCUCUCGUUACAUCUACUACCCCAGCCACAGUUUCCAAACAAAUAAGACUGUUGGUGUCCUCCUGGCCUCCUACACCUGGUCUGACGACUCCCUCCUCUUCACAGGUGCAAGUGAUGAAGACCUGAAAGAGUUGGCUUUGAGAGAUUUGGCAAAGAUCCAUGGUGAGCGAGUCAAAUCGCUCUGCACAGGGGUAGUGGUAAAGAGGUGGAGCGUGGAUCCUUACAGUUUGGGUGCCUUUGCUCUCUUCACACCGUACCAACAUUUAGAGUACUCUAAGGAGCUCUUCAGGAGUGAAGGCAGCGUGCACUUUGCUGGUGAACACACAGCCUUCCCUCAUGCUUGGAUCGAGACCUCUAUGAAAUCUGCAAUCAGGGCCGCUACAAACAUUCACACAGCGGCACGCAAAGAGUCAGCUGGAACGCGACAGCAGGACGAGCUCUAGGUGAUUGUAAUGCUUAGCUUAAGAAUGAGGCUUAUUGUGAUCUACUGUCAGACUCUGAACUGGAUCAACUGGUGUUUUUAGUAGUGAAAGGUGGAUUGAUGAGACUAGACAAUCAUUGAAUUAAAGGAAAUAGAGCCAGUUUGACAAAAGGAUGAUUGUUCCACCAGAAUCUUGUUGUGAUUAUUGUGAGUCUGCAGCAACUUCUCUAAAAAUUACAGGGUUGCACAUUUGAUUUUAAUGUAUAGAGAUUAUUUUUUUGCUCAGAUCAUUGACUAAUGUUCACUGUACUGCACUGUUUGCUAUCUGAUCAGCAAAAUAUUUUGUAUCUGCAAUGUAAUAAAAGACAUUAAACUGAAA